GGGGGCGCCAGAGCAGGACUGGAGCGCGGGCCAAGCCGGAGAAACAUUUCAACUGGGCUCUUGUUCCAGCCACUCCAUGAAAACAGCUCCUGUCAAGAUUGCCAGUGUGAUCUCCAGAUGGCUGAUGCUGACCCUGAGGAAAGAAACUAUGACAACAUGCUGAAAAUGCUGUCAGAUCUGAAUAAGGACUUGGAAAAACUAUUGGAAGAGAUGGAGAAAAUCUCAGUGCAGGCAACCUGGAUGGCCUAUGACAUGGUGGUGAUGCGCACCAACCCCACGCUGGCCGAGUCCAUGCGUCGGCUGGAGGAUGCCUUCGUCAACUGCAAGGAGGAGAUGGAGAAGAACUGGCAAGAGCUGCUGCAUGAGACCAAGCAAAGACCGUAGGCCCCACUGGCCCACCACAGCUGCCAUGCCACCCUCUGCCCGUGAAGAGGUCCCUGGGGGAUGGAGCUGGUGCCCACGCGAACAGCUGUAUGCGCUGUACUUGUUUCUUAAUAAACUUAUUUUUA